UUAGACCCCUGAUACUUCCAUACGAUUCUAAAAACCAGAUAACAAGGUUCAAACUCAAUAGAGUGAAUACCAAAUUUAUAUAGCUGUCUGAACUUUGAUACCCAAAAACAGAAAAAAAGACAUACGAGAAUUCCGCAGAGUUUAUGUUAUGACUAUGAAUAUGGCUUCGUCAGUUAUUGUCCAUAACAUGUGCUCCAUUGCACUAAACUCUCCAAAAUGUUACAAAAAUGAAAAUUUAACUCUCACCCACUCCCAAUUUCUUUCCUCCAAAUCCCUUUUGAAUUUAGACAGACCUUCUUUGCGCUCAACCAUCCAUAUUAAGAAUCGUACAAUCCAAUCAUCUCGCUCAGCAGCAUCCAUUGUCUUCGCUGCACAGUCCAACUUUUUGAAAGUUAUUCAAACAGUGUGGAAGGUUGGAAAGGAUGGAGUUGAGGCAGGAACCAAUUUGGUGCCCGAUUCUGUACCCAGACCAAUAGCAAGGAUUUCUGUCACAGUAGUUGCACUGACUGUUUCACUCUUUGUACUCAAGUCUUUCCUGUCUACAGCUUUCUUUGCGCUGGCCACGAUGGGACUCAUAUAUUUCGCAUUCAUAGCCAUGAAUAAAGAUGAUGGGCCAAAAGGGAGUGGAGGGCCUGGAGGCACCACCUCUACGGAGGACUCUUUAGAAGAAGCGAAAAGAAUAAUGGAAAAGUACAAGUAAAAUAGGCAAAGAGUAAGUAUGCUGGUUCUCCAUUAUUCAAUUUACAUAUGCUACUGUUUUCUCCUGUAAAGUUGUGGCAGACAUGAGGGAACAAGAAAGGAAUACAAGUAUACCUUCUUUUCUUUUAAAUUGCUUGAAUCAUAUCUCAACUUUAUAGAUGCUUCUAUACUUUGCCAAAAUCAUAUCUUGAGUUCUGCAAA